CGAGUCCUAGCGCCUGGUCCUACGCCCCGCUGUAGCGGGCCGGACCGACUGCCGCGCCACAGGAUUAAUUUAUUUUUGGAAAUCAAGUGCAAUAUUGGAAGCUAUUUCUACUAAUUUUAUUACAUUUUAAAAUUUAUGAUUUGAUUUGAAUACUAUCAUGGGAGGAGCUGUGAGUGCUGGGGAAGAUAAUGAUGACUUAAUUGAUAACUUAAAAGAAGCUCAGUAUAUCCGCACUGAAAGAGUGGAGCAAGCCUUCAGAGCUAUUGAUCGUGGAGAUUACUAUCUGGAAGGCUACAGAGACAAUGCAUACAAAGACUUAGCCUGGAAGCAUGGAAACAUCCACUUGUCAGCACCUUGCAUUUAUUCUGAAGUUAUGGAAGCAUUGAAACUUCAGCCAGGAUUGUCUUUUCUUAACCUGGGAAGUGGAACCGGAUAUUUAAGUACAAUGGUGGGCUUAAUUUUAGGUCCUUUUGGAAUAAAUCAUGGGAUUGAGCUUCAUUCAGAUGUGGUGGAAUAUGCCAAGGAAAAACUGGAGAGCUUCAUCAAAAAUAGCGAUAGCUUUGAUAAAUUUGAGUUCUGUGAACCUGCAUUUGUGGUCGGUAAUUGCCUCCAGAUAGCCUCUGACAGCCAUCAGUAUGAUCGAAUUUAUUGUGGAGCUGGAGUCCAGAAAGACCAUGAAAACUACAUGAAAAUAUUGCUGAAAGUUGGAGGCAUACUAGUCAUGCCUAUAGAGGAUCAGCUAACACAGAUUAUGCGAACUGGACAAAACACUUGGGAAAGUAAAAAUAUCCUUGCUGUUUCAUUUGCUCCACUUGUGCAGCCAAGCAAGAAUGAUAAUGGCAAACCAGAUUCUGUGGGACUCCCCCCCUGUGCUGUCAGGAAUCUACAGGACUUGGCUCGUAUUUACAUUCGACGCACACUUAGAAAUUUCAUAAAUGAUGAGAUGCAGGCAAAGGGGAUUCCUCAAAGGGCUGCACCCAAAAGGAAAAGAAAGAGAGUUAAACAGAAAAUUAACACUUAUGUAUUUGUGGGUAAUCAGCUUAUUCCUCAGCCUCUAGACAGUGAGGAGGAUGAAAAAAUGGAAGAAGAUAACAAAGAAGAGGAAGAGAAAGAUCCCAGUGAAGCCAUGAAGCCAGAGGAGCCACCUCAGAAUUUACUGAGAGAAAAAAUCAUGAAGCUGCCCCUCCCUGAAUCUUUAAAAGCUUACUUGACAUAUUUUAGAGACAAAUAACUUAGAUCAAGAAGAAAGAAUGCCUACUGAUAAUUCCUUUAGUCUUGAAAAUGUAGUGUGUUAGGAGUUAAGAGAGAGAAUUAUUUCUUUCAUCAGAACGAAUUAUAGUGGAAAAAAGUAUAACUUGUUUCUGUCAGUAACAAAAAUGAUGUGUUCAAUGAUUAAAAAAGAAUCCCUUUUAUAAAAUAUAUUUUUCUUUAAAUCUUGGAAAAAUGCUGUUCUAACUCAGUGAUUUCAAAGUGGAAUGCAACAAUAGCCAAGACUUUGUGUACUAUAAAUCCUUUUCUGAUUCCUUUACAGAUUUGUAGUGGUGAGGGUUAGAUUUCAUUUUAUAUAAGGUUAAAGAAUUGUUAAGCUUAUAUAAUUUGAUCUGAAUUGCAGUUGUUUGCAUUUCCUCUAUGAAACUUUGUUAUCUAAUAAGGAAAUCAAAUGCUUUGUAGAUCUAUUUACCUUUUGUUGCAAUCACUGUUGCUGAGUGGCUGUAGAUAUAUUCCGGGCAAUAUAUGAGUGCAAUAGCAAUACAAAAUAUUGAAUAAUGUAGCUUUAAAAGAAACCCACAAAUUUCAUGAGAUUUCACAGCCCUGCUACUUUUGCUUUUGAAUCUAUUGCCAAAAGACAUGGUUAAACAAAUAUCUGCUUCUCUCAUAGAGAUUUUAAGAGCACAGCAAGUGACUAUUAAAGUAGAAAGUAUAAACUCUUAGUUUGUAUGGACCCUUUACAUUUUCAGUAUUUAAAAACGGGGUUAUCUUAACUCUCUAGAAUUUAAAAGACAGUCUAUUUACGAUUGUUUUUUUCUGUAGUUCACUGUAUAAAGUAUUUGGCUUUAAAAAAAAAUCCACUGUUGUGUGUGACUCUUGGUAGGACAGAGAAUGAGUGAGUGAGUGUGAGUGAUGGCCACUUUCUUGGAUGACUCUGAGGAUCAGGGCCAGGGCAGACUUGGUCAGCAGAUGCACUUUAGCAGAUGGAACUUCUAGUUUAUCUAAAUAUUUAUCUUUGACAAGGUAGGGCUGAGCUUGCCUCCGUUUGCUUUGGAUCUUUCUGAUAUAAGAAAUAUUCAUGGAAAUUAUUUGUAGAUGCCUUUUGUUUUGAAAGUAUGGUUCAGAAUCAUAGGGUAAUCUUUGGGACCUACGCCACGUUCACUUAACUUCCUCCCAUAUAUUUUUUUGAAUGUUCCUUUUGGUAAAAUUAUAAUGGUUUUCAUUUUUUGCUUAAUAUCACAUACUUAAAGUUAUCUAUCAUUUGAGUUUGUAGCUUAUCAGUGAUAAAAUAGGUAGUAAAUGCCAUUAGUUUAUUUUCCUAGUAAAGCCUGAUAACAGUCAUUCCUUGUUAUGAAAGUGUACAGUGUAACGUAUUUACUACUUAGUGUCACAUGGGUUAUAUAUUUCUUAAAGGGAAAAAUUUGAGCGUAUCUCCUAUUGCCACCAGCAUCGCUAUUACCGUAGUUGCUCAGAUUUGCUAAAGAGACCCAAUCAGCUAUAGUGAAAGGAUUAUUAUCUAAGUCAGAUAUAUUGUUUCAAAAAUCUCAGCUCCAAAAAUUCCACAUAUCUAAAAACAAGUGUUUGAAAUAUUCUAAGCCUGAAAUUGUUCCAAGUAAUUGAGGAUAUUUUAGUAAUGUGAAAGAUAAUUUCAUGGAAGGUAUUUUGUUCUCUACCAGUGACUGGGGAGAUAGAAUUGGGGGUAUCUCAACACUUCUUCUUAGAUGAGUACUAAGCUGUUAUUAAGAAAUGCCCCAUCUCAUUUCUGUCUAGGAAAGAAAAAAUCAGUUUCAUACUAUUGUCAUCUGUAGGAAAUGUUCAUUUUCUUUUGAAGUAAAUGUUUGUUUUAAAAGUUUAAUCUUGAAUUCCUGGUGACCACCUGUUUUUAGUCUACAAAACCGGGGGAGAGUUAUCAUCUUAUCUGUCCCCUUUCCCUUGCCUUUUUUUGUUGGAGCUGGUGUCCAGAUAUGUAAAGAUGCAUAUUCUUAAAUGAUAAUUUUACUAUUUGGGAAAGGGUUUUGUUAAGGAUAUAUUUGAAGACUGACUUCUUCAUAUUGUCUUUCAUUCUUUGACCUUGGCAAAUUGUACAGUAGAUUUUCCUAAUCAUUGUAUAUUUUUUGUCAUUGAAAUGUAUCUUUUGUGUUUUUAAAUGUAUUCAUUUUACAAUUGUGACUUUAUCAUUGACUUUAAAUAAGAAAUAGAAAUAAAAUGAAAAUUCAAGUAAAAGCCUUUUUAUCUAUUAAUGCAGAUAUAUUAGAAAAGAAUAUUUUGGGUUUGUGUUUAUUUUUUAAUGAAUUCAUGUUUACUUGAGCAUGGGAAAUUAUGCUUUAUAGGUGGAGAAGUAGCAAAUAAAGAUGAAAUAAAAGUAAGUGAAAAUGAUGGGGAAAUAUAGUCAUGGAAUUUUACAGCCAUACAAUAGGUAUCAUCUAAUUUAGGCCUUUAUUUUGCAGAUGAGAAAACAGGCCUAGAGAGGUGGCAUGUUUUGCCUAAGACAGACACCUAGUUAGAGAAAAGGCCUGAAAUAGCUUUCAGCAUCAUAUAAAUCCCAAGAAUCUGUCAGUGAUACCUAAGCUACCACAGCUACUUAAGAAGAUCUAUGCUGCUUAUUGGUCAAUAUAUUUGGUUCUAGUAUUAAAAGAAAAAUGUUAUUAAAAUAGGAUACAGAGUGAUUAAAAUAAAGUACAAAGCGUGUUAAGCAUUGAUUUCUAGUUGUUUGAGAUGGUAAAAGUAAAGCAAAGCCUGUUAAAUCAUUGGAAGACUUGGAAAAUUAUUUUAAAUAAACAAUUACAUACAAUUAAGCAUCA